CAAGGGUAUAAUGGCGUUAAUGCUAUAAUUAUACGUGCAUAUAUUUAUACCUAUAGGUAUGUUCUUUAUAACUUUCUUUAUUACUUAUACUCUGGAGUGGAGUCCUUUUGGCUUUGGGUUUGGGUCCCCGUAGCUCUAUAUUAUUAUACUGUAGUACCUACUAAGUAAUACUUAUUGAAUGAAUAGAAGGAAUCUCGUUUUCGAAAAUGUGAGUAAUAUCUCUGUUCGAUCAAACAAUUAGUGUAAAAUUCUAGACAAUCAAUCAAGCAAGAGAGUAUACCUAAUACUCUCUAUAGAGAGUUGCGCGGGGAGCCAGUCUUUUUUUUUUCCUUCCUUCGCUGUUGAAUCGACUGGGUCCAUCCGUUCGUCUGCCUGCAGUGUCUGUUUCUCUUGCGUGACAUCAAGAGUUGUGCUGUACCUACUGUUUCUGGUGCAAGAGCAGUGGAUUUUUCGGCCCAAUCCCCAUUGCCCCUCGUUGCCGUCCUGAUUGUCGCGGUCAUCGUCGUUGUUUUAGGCCUUUCGGCAUUCAUCGUGAUAAUGAGUCGUAGGAAGCGCAGGUCUCCAGUGGAGAACAGCGUCGUCGACAACGACGACAAUUGCGAGGAGUCCACUGAGUCCGGGGACGGCAGCAAUGAGGAGCCAAAGUGUCAACAUUUCAUAAAGAGCAUCGACUUGAACAGAUUGAGAAAGACUGUAUCCAAAUCAUUCAAUAACGCGUGUACAGACUGUCAGGUAGAUGGGACUGCUACUGUCGCUCCUGAAGAUUUGGACAGCGACGAUGAGAUUGUCCCGCAGCCUCCCCGACUGUGGGUCUGCUUGCAAUGUGGAAAUAUUGCGUGUGGAAGAGAUCAUAAGAAUCAUGCAUCCAAGCAUUUUGAAGCAUCCAGAACUGGUAUGCAUUACGUUGUAGUAGACACUCAACAAUGGAGUGUCUGGUGCUAUAAAUGUGAUGAAGAUUACGUCAGUAAUACAAAAUGUACCAGACAAAGAAAAAAGCUCGCCGAAGUGAAAGGCCUUAUUGAAAGGGGAUUAAGUAGGAGCAGUGCAGCUCAGCCAAAGCUGGAAUUACCUUUGUGCCAAAAUGAAACGACACCUAUGGACAAUGAAAGGAAAAAAAUUCCAACAGAUCUCCCAAAAGUUGGCGGAUUAUCCAACUUGGGCAAUACCUGCUUUUUCAAUGCGGUAUUGCAAUGUCUUGCGCAGACCCCUUUUUUGAUUCAAGUCUUAGACGAUUUGCAAGUGCCUGGACAAAAUUUUAUACUGCCUGGUGGUAAAUCUAAAGUCACAGAUGAUGAAGAAGUUGAAUUAGCACCUAUUGAGGGAACAUUAGAUAACAAUAUUACCUUCACACCAGUUUUACGCAAGACGCUUGUAGAAAUGCAAAAUUCAAAUGGUCAGGUUUACAGGCCAGCAGAUUUACUAACUGCAUUAAGAAGAAGGACUAUGCAGUGUACCGAUGGAGGUCAACAUGAUUCUCAUGAGCUCUUGAGACAUUUACUAGAAUUUGUUCGUAAUGAAGAUCUAAAGAGAUAUCAAUCGGUUAUUUUAAAAGAAACUGGCUUGGAUGAAAAAUCAAAACGAAAAAGGAUCGAUGAUAACAUAAGGUCACAUGUCAAAUAUUACGGCAACCAAGCAAAUGCUAAAUUUUUGGGUCCAGAACGAGUUUUUAGAGGCGAAUUAGUUUCAACUUUAACAUGUUCAGAGUGCAAUCACACAUCACCUCGGACUGAACCAUUUUUAGACCUUAGUUUACCUAUAUUGAUCGAUAAAUCUUUACCUACCAGUUAUAAAAGAAAAAGUACUGGAUUAGAGAAUUCUACUGAAACUGCGAGCAAUAAUGUUUCUAAUACACCCAAGCACGAAAAAAAAGUUAAUAAGGCUCAGAGAAAAAAAAAUAAAGUCAAUAAUACAUCGACACAAAAUGCCGGUCAUAUAAAUGAAGAGAGAAAGGGUAAUGAGUCUGAAGAAAGUGAUGCGGAUGUCGAAGAUAACAUUGAGAACGAAGAUGCUUCAAAAACAGAGGUUGGAGAAUCUGGAUAUAGCUCUGAAAAACCGUCAGAACUUGCAAGUCCCAUAUCUUUGUCAGAGCUCCACAGUACAGAUAAGAGUAGCAAUUUUUUAUCAGUUACACAUCUUAAUUACGAUUUUACGUCAUGGAAUCGAAAUAUUGCCAAUGCCAAUUGUUUACCAAGCCCGACAGACAUUGAGAUAACUGAUUUAACAAACAACAAGAAUAAUGAAGCAACAACAGCAGGAUUAAGUCUUCCGACGUCAUUAAUUGAUCAUUCAGAUUUCACUAGUCCUGAAGGACCGACCAUCAGUCCGUUAAGUAGUCCACUAACUUCCAAGGAUAGUCCUACAAGUCCCAUUUCUAGUGCUAUAGAUGGAGAUGAAGUUGAAAAAGUAGGCAAACUCGUUCAAGCACUCGAUAAUACCUCAGAGAAGCAGGAUACAAGCGAUAAAGAAGACUCUUUUAAGAAAAAAAACGACUCAAAGGACGAAAAUUUAUUUUCCAACAAAGAAAACGGUACAACGAAAAAGUUAACAAAUGGUUUUGGCGAAAUAGCGUCAAACAUGUCCAAGCUGAACUUGUCAAGUCCCACAGAGUCUCCAAGAAGAUAUCUCGUAAAAGAAGGCGAGUGUUCAAUACAAUCCUGUCUCAAUCAGUUCACUGUACUUGAAUUUCUAAAUGGAAAUAAUAAAGUAGGCUGCGAAGCUUGUACACAAAGACCAAAUGAGGGAAAAAAAGGAGUAAAAAUGGUAUGCACGGAUAGUACUAAGCAAUAUCUCAUCUCGUGUGUACCUGCAGUUCUCAUCUUGCACUUGAAAAGGUUUCAAGUUCAGAAGUUUAGUUCUCGAAAAGUUGGAAAACAAGUCAGUUUCCCAAUGAUAUUAGAUCUUUCACCAGUUUGCAAAGAUUAUUUGAAACCUAGGAUAUACUCGUUAUACGGCAUUGUAGAACAUAGUGGGACCAUGUACGGAGGACACUAUGUAGCUUACGUCAAGUCGAGAGCACCAUUAAAGCCUGAUGAUCCUCGUUGGGCUUUUUUGCCUUCUAAAGAUGGGUUUGAAAAUAAAGACGACUCUAGCGAGUCGAAUUCUGAAUUGGAAAAUGACGAAGCUUCUGGCGCUGAUAUUUCAAAAAUUGAACCGCCGCCAGGACGCUGGUAUUACGUGUCUGAUUCAAGGGUUUCAGAAGUAGAUGAGAAAACUGUUCUGAGUAGCGAGGCUUACUUGUUAUUUUAUGAAAGAAUACUAUAGGUUCGAGUUUAAUUAGUACAAAAUGCACACUCGUCUAUUUGUGCUAAUAAAAACUUUACUUAUUUACAAUAAUAACGCUACGCUAAGCAAAGAUUUAUAAACGUCCAUCAUAAAUUGUCGUAUAAACUGCGUUUUUAAAAAUAUUUUUUCUUCAGACUUGUAAAUGAAAUUUUGGUUUUCCCUGCAUAUUGGAUGAACAUCAAAAUUUUUAGCAGAUCAAUAUUUAUACAGUGAUUUGAUCAAAUGGUUCUUGGAAUGGUUAAUUGUAUACACAUACAUAUAUACUCACAAAUAAGAGACAACAUUAAUUAUAAUGACAUACGGGUUGGAAAUAUUUUAAAAUUCUGAAAAUAAAAACUUAAACUGUAUGUAUGUCAAAAUAAAUCAUUGUAUUGCAUUUGAAUGCAUUUGCAGAAAAAAAUUGCAAUAGUUC